AAUAUCAAGUUCAUCCAGCGGUGUUCUUUGCUUUGUCGUAUAGCUGCAUCCAUCUCCGUCUUUCCGACAGCACUUGAAGGCAGCAGCGGGAGCUCAUCUGUUGGACAGGGAAACUAAUCAGGAGCGAAGUAAGACUUUUCCGUACUGCUAGCGUCGAGGCUAGCAAGCUUUUAAAGUCAGCCGUCCAUACAACUACGGAGAGCAGUCUGUUAAUGAAGUACAGUGUCUUUUCCUGUCCAGCACAUAGUGUCGAGCUAUGUUUUAGGAGCACUGUUUCGUUACUGUGCGGAGAGUAACAAGGCGGACAGCCUCUGGCCAGCUGAAGCUUGCGGCUAGCUCAUUAACGUUAGCUGGGAAAUAAGUGCAAGUUGGAGGCAAGAAAAUGGAGCUGGACGAAGUAGUCCUGUAUCAGGACGAGUCUGGGGACUCUACCAUGAUGUCCGAGCGAGUUUCAGGUCUGGCCAGUUCAAUAUACCGCGAGUUCGAGCGGCUUAUCGAGAAAUACGACGAGGACGUAGUGAAGGAGCUGAUGCCGCUGGUCGUCGCCGUCCUGGAGAACCUGGACUCGGUGUUCGCUGUCAACCAGGAGCACGAAGUGGAGCUGGAGCUGCUAAAGGAGGACAACGAGCAGCUCGUCACCCAGUAUGAACGAGAGAAGGCACUCAGAAAGCACGCAGAGGAGAGGUACAUUGUCUUUGAAGACUCCCAGGAUGGAGAGAAAAAAGACCUCCAGUGUCGACUGGUGACGUUGGAGUCACACACACGCCAGCUCGAGCUAAAAACAAAGAACUAUGCAGAUCAAAUUAGCAGAUUUGAGGAGAGAGAAGCAGAGCUCAAGAAGGAGUAUAACACUCUCCAUCAGAGACACACUGAGAUGAUCCACAGCUACAUGGAACAUCUGGAGAGAACGAAACACCAGCAUACAGUAACCCCAGCAGACACCUCAGACCCAGGCACGAGCACGAACACUUCAGCCAGGACACGGAAGGAGCGUCCCAUCUCCAUGGGCAUAUUCCAACUUCCUGGGACUGAUGGUAUGACCCCUGACCUCCAGAGGGAACCUGUGGACACCUCCUCUGAACCAUGGAGAUUCAACAACCUUAGCCAUCCGCAGUCCAACACCAGCCUCGAGGAUGAGUUGGCAGGUGUUAACCGUGGAGGUGCCAAGUCCGGUACCCAAACCAACCAGGGAAGUGUCUCCAAAAGUGGAGAAUCCAAAUCCAACAUGGCCUCUCAGGGCGGCACCUCUAAAGCCAACACCUUGUCGUCUACUUUCAGCGCUAACUCUCAGUCAACCACACCACAGUCUCCUCAUAGCGGAGAGUCUACUGAUGCUUCUGAUGUCGCCAUGGAGUCAGUGGACACGCCCCUGCAGGAACAGGGAGGUUCAGAAGGACUCAAUAAGAACCUGGAUAGGACCAGCGGGAAACCAGAGAGCAGUAAGAACAUUGCAGCGGUGCAAGAAGGACAGCAGGAUGGAGCUGAUGACCUGGAGAAGUCUGAGGUGCAGGCCAUCAUAGAGUCCACUCCCGAGCUGGACAUGGACCUUGAUGGCUGCCGAGGAACAAGCACUCCAACUAAAGGUGGAAUCGAGAAUCUAGCGUUUGACCGAAACACUGACUCGCUGUUUGAGGAGCUGUCGUCGGCAGGAAACGACCUGAUUGGAGACAUGGACGAGGGGGCGGAUCUUCUGGGUAUGGGUCGGGAAGUUGAACAUCUUAUCCAAGAGAACACUCAACUGCUGGAGACCAAAAAUGCUUUGAAUGUGGUGAAAAACGACUUGAUAGCACGCGUGGAUGAGCUGUCCUGUGAGAAGGAGGGUCUGCGUGGGGAGCUGGAAGCUGUCACUCAGUCAAAGACCAAACUAGAAGAGAAGAACAAAGAGUUAGAAGAAGAACUCAAGAAGAUUCGAGCAGAGCUUGAAGAAGCCAAACAUAAGGUCAAGAACGACAAUGAGGAUGAUAGUGAUGUGCCCACAGCGCAGAGGAAGCGCUUCACCAGGGUGGAGAUGGCCAGGGUGCUAAUGGAGAGGAACCAGUAUAAGGAGAGGCUGAUGGAGCUGCAGGAGGCUGUCAGGUGGACAGAGAUGAUCAGGGCUUCAAAGGAGAACCCGUCUCUUCCAGAGAAGAAGAAAUCCAGCCUCUGGCAGUUUUUCAGCCGUUUGUUUAGCUCGUCGGGCACGGCAGCCAAGAAGCCAGCGGUGGAAGCCCCAGUGAACGUCAAGUACAACGCACCGACCUCUCAGAUUCAGCCGUCCGUCAAGAAGAGGAGCAGCACUCUGCAGCAGCUGCCCAGUGACAAGAGCAAAGCCUUCGAUUUCCUCAAUGAGGAAGUGGCGGCAGACAAUGUGGUGUCCAGGCGAGAGCAGAAGAGAGCUCAGUACCAGCAGGUCAAAGCCCACGUGCAGAAGGAGGACGGCAGAGUUCAGGCUUACGGCUGGAGUCUCCCUAAAAAAUACAAAACUAAUGGUGGUCAGGCUGAGGGUAAGAUGAAGAAUCUACCUGUUCCUGUCUUCCUCCGACCUCUGGAUGAGAAAGAUGCUUCUAUGAAGCUGUGGUGUGCUGCUGGUGUGAACCUCUCUGGAGGGAAAACCAGAGACGGAGGUUCUAUCGUGGGAGCCAGCGUGUUUUACAGUGAUGUGCCCGGACCAGAGAGCCCUAAAAAGAAAAUAGGAUCUCAGAGCAGCCUGGACAAACUAGAUCAUGAACUCAAGGAGCAGCAGAAGGAGUUGCGUCAGCAGGAAGAGUUGUCGUCGCUGGUUUGGAUCUGCACCAGCACCCAGUCCACAACUAAAGCUGUUGUGAUCGAUGCAAACCAGCCUGGACACAUUCUGGAGAGCUUUUUUGUAUGCAACUCCCACGUCCUCUGCAUCGCCAGUGUACCAGGAGCAAGAGAGACAGACUACCCUGCUGGUGAGGAAGUACCUCCAGACUCUGAGGCAGAACCAGCAGGAGAAGGCAGCUCACAAUCGACCAAUAGCAUCUCAGCAGGAGCAGACGACGUGCUGGGAGGCAUCACUGUGGUUGGCUGUGACACUGAGGGGGCAUCAGCUGUUCCUCAGACUGCAGACAGUCCAGAAUCCAAAACAGCAGAGGAAGCCACCGAGGCGACAGAGGCCAGUUCAGGCUGUGCAGACCAAAGAGAGAGCCUGAGGGGAGUCUACACAGAGCACGUCUUCACCGACCCUCUCGGAGCUCAGCUGACAGCAGAAGCUCCAGCCAACUACUCUCAGAGAGAGAGCGACCUGCUGAAAGACGGAGUGAGUUCAAACCCCAGUGCGGAGGAGCAGGACCUGAUGAGAGAAGAGGCUCAGAAAAUGAGCAGCGUUCAGCCCACGAUGUGGCUGGGUGCACAGAACGGAUGUGUGUACGUCCACUCGUCUGUUGCUCAGUGGAAGAAGUGCCUGCACUCUAUAAAGCUGAAGGACUCUGUGCUGGGUAUAGUACACGUGAAAGGGCGCGUGCUGGUCGGCCUCUCUGACGGCACUUUAGCAAUCUUCCACAGAGGAGAGGAUGGACAGUGGGACCUGACUAACUACCACCUGUUAGACCUGGGCAGACCUCACCACUCCAUCCGCUGCAUGACUGUAGUGCAUGACAAGGUGUGGUGCGGCUACAGGAACAAGAUCUACGUGGUUCAGCCCAAAGCAAUGAAGAUAGAGAAAUCAUUUGAUGCCCACCCUCGUAAGGAAAGUCAGGUACGUCAGCUGGCCUGGGACGGGGACGGUAUCUGGGUUUCCAUCAGACUGGACUCCACUCUCAGGCUGUUCCACGCUCACACCUUCCAGCACCUUCAGGACGUCGACAUCGAGCCCUACGUCAGCAAGAUGCUCGGUACGGGGAAACUGGGCUUUUCAUUUGUGAGGAUUACAGCUCUAAUGGUGUCAUCUAAUCGUCUGUGGAUCGGCACUGGGAAUGGUGUCAUCAUCUCCAUCCCCCUGACAGACAGUGAGUCGAACAAGACAACCCAGGCAGCAGGAAACCAACCGGGAAGUGUAGUUCGUGUCUAUGGUGACGACACGACUGACAAAGUGACAGCUGGGACGUUCGUUCCUUACUGCUCCAUGGCUCACGCUCAGCUCUGUUUCCAUGGUCACAGAGAUGCCGUCAAGUUCUUCACUGCUGUCCCAGGUCAUGCACUCCCAUCUGCGUCCUGUGGAGGGGAAACAGUUGGUGACAAAGCGACAGAUGCCGCAACUCAGGAAGAAACCAAGUCUGUGUUGGUAAUGAGCGGAGGAGAAGGCUACAUCGACUUCAGGAUGGGUGAUGAGGAUGGCGAGGCGGAGGACGGAGAUGCCCCCCGCAUGAAACUGCAGCCCUCCCUGGCUAAAGCCGAGCGCAGCCACCUCAUCGUCUGGCAGAUCAUGGCCAGCGAGGGCUGAACUCUGACCCCAGACCCCUGAGGCCUGAUUUGCCUUUUUCUCUUGCUGUGGAGGGAUGAGUUCAUGUGGACGACUCUGCUCUGCUGGCACGAGUUUAAUCAGCACUUUUUUUCUCCCUCAAACCUGAACAAAAAAGAAACAAGCAAAAGCUUCUCUCAGAGCUAUCAGUCCUAAAAUGGACUGGUGCAGUGCAAACAGAAAGACACAAAAACUGCAUGAUAUGGAUUUAUUUUGACUUGUUUUGUCUUAUGUUUUGUUUGUUUUUUACUUCAUGAUUUCACCCUGUCAUAACACUUCUAUCUCCUUUUAAUAUUAUUUAAGUUCUUAUGAAAACAGAAAUUUCGUUUUUUCAUUUUGUUCAGCACAGAAUGAAUUUUCCUCCUGACAUCUUCAGGUUCCCUUCAGUCAAUUCGAUGCAUGCUCAUACUGGACUUGACUUAAUUCUGAAUCAGCUGGUCAAAACAUGAAAUAAUCAUUCGUGAGCUCCAUGUUGCCCUUUAAGUCAAGUCAAAGUGGGGCAGUCAUGUCUGGGAGCCAGUCAGGUUUUACUCUUAAUAAUGUUUCAUGUUGUUUUAGUUCAUUUGAGAACUUGGCUUUUGAUUGUAUGUAAUAUAUAUUUAAUAGAUUGCCGGUUGUCUCUACUUUAGGUCCGGAUUUGAUUUAAGUCCAGUGCAGUACAUCAGAUUUAUAGGUAGCACCCGUUGGCGCAGAGGAUGGCACAAAACGUAUCUAAAUGUACAAGAUGACAGAAAUAUUCCCAGUUUAUGCCUCUUAUGUGUAUGUAACCAGUUCAAUUCCAGAAACAGAAUAUCUGCUUUGCAGUGUUUUGAAAAAUCACAAAGGAUUAUUUGAUAUGAUUGCACUGAUCUGAAGCUUUUCCCAGAAUCUUUGAAGACACUUCUGACCAUCCUGAUGCAGAAAUAUUCUAUCUGUGUUAAUGCAUUAACUUACAGUCAUGGUCUUUAGGCUGACUAUUAGCAUGGCUGUCAGUGUCAGCAUCUGUAACUCAGUCCACCUCUUGUGUGCAGACUUAAAUCAUGAAAUCAUGUCAGUAGGUCCUGACCGAUAAGCAAUUUUUGGUGCAGAUACCGAUAUUGAUAUUGGGGAGGAAUACAUAAUCCAAUACUGAUAUAUUGGCCGAUAUCUUUCUUAGAUCUAUGUUCGAUCUUUAGAGAUAGAUAUAUAUAUAUAUAAACUCAUUUGUUGUGUUGAUCCGUUAUGUGCAGUUAUCAAAAACUUGUUGAAAAGAUAAAUAACAUAACUAAGAUGAUCACUCAACUGGAAAGUAACUGUUCAUGUAUGUGCACACUGCUUGACACUCUGGAGAGUGAUGAUGUUUGUAAUCCAUAUAGCGCCCUCUGCUGGUGAAAGAGAACCACUAGUCCAUUGAAACUCAAAAUUAAAUUCUAUUUUACUGGUGAAGAAAUGUAGAAUCGGUGCAUAUCUUUGAUAAAAUUAGCCGAUACCGAUAGUCACUGGAUAUGCUAAUAUCAACCGUGCCGAUUAAUCGUCGAGCUCUAAUUGUCAGGUCAAAAUAUCACUUAGUCCAACACUUUACCAGCUAAACUACGACAUUACCACCAGCUUCAUCUGUGCUUUAUUAUUCCUAAUGAGCAGAUGUUUACAUUAUACAUGUUGAACAUCAAAAUGUUGGCGCUGUUGUUGUGAACAUGGUAGCAUGCUGACCUUAGAAUUUAGCUUAAAGCUAAGUAUAUAAGAGUGGAGAGCGUGACAGUAGACUUGUGUUCAAAGAUGAGCAGGUAAUUAUCUUUCAUUAAAUAAGAUGUGUGACCGUGUUGAACAUAAUGAUAAUACAUCAGAGGCACAAACUGUGGGCUAAAGAACUCAAGAAUAUGUUCACGAACAUCAAAUAUAACAUUAGAAGCAGCAGCGCCUUCUUUAUUUAGAACUAUAAUGUAAACCCUAUUUUCCAUUGAGUUAUCUUUGGUCCCAGUGCUGAAAGACUGACAGACAACAGACUAUUUAAUGAAAUAUCAUUUAAGGUUCCUGUCUUCUGUCCAUCCUCUGCUCUUAGUUUGCUCAGCAGCUCCUGCUUGUAGACACUCAAAAAAAAAAAAAAUCUGCCUUAUGUAUCAGGGGUUGGAAGGACUAUCUGACUAUCUCAAGUGUGAAAAAGUAUUUAUUUUUCCUCAGAAGAAUGUGUUUGUUACCAAAGGAUAAAGACCGAUAGUUUGGCACGUGCUGAAACACUUUACCAGUGUCUCCUCUGGAAUGGCACUUUAAGAGCAGCAUGUUUGAGUCUGCCUGCAUGUAGAUAGGAAAACAAGCUUUUGUAAAAGAAAUCCUCGUGUAAAGAUAAGAUAUAUUUUUAAACUUUCAUAUUAGGACAUGAAAAUAUUUUUCAUGGAGCGAGAGAAGAGAAAGUGCAGGACCUGUUUCUAUGAGAAGAUUAUAAAAAAGAAAGCCACUCUGAGGGUUGCAUAAACCCCGCCCCCUCUAAUCCUCCUCUUGACAUUUAGAGGUCACAAUUGUAACUUUGACAUUUUCGGUUUUGCAGCGCUGCUUCUUGCUGCCCCGUUUGUACAGAAUGAAGUUUAUUUGACAAUAUCUCCUCCUGAUUUGCGAUCUGAUUUUUCAGAAGAAUAGUUUUAAGUCUAUUUUUUAUGAACUUUUUUUCAUUCUGAUGUCUUUAGAGUGCACAAAAUGUUCGAACUGUUUGCAACAUGAAAGUGUGUUUCUGGCCUCUGUACCAGUACACUGCACUGGUAUGUUUUUGUCCUCUUUGUAUUGAACAGUGUCAGAGGAGGCAUUUCCUCAUCAUGUGUGUAUGUGUGCACGUGUGUGUAUGUGUCUGUCUUCUCUCCAAGAGAGGAGUGAAAUAUCGUUGCAGUUUAGCCAUUACAGUAUUUAUUUCCAACGAUUGAGCCUUUGCAAUUCAGAAUGUAACUUUGUACAUUGAAUAUGAAUUAUAUAUAUGAUGAAUUAUGUAUGAAACAUGAAAAUGGCUUGGGUUUAAAGAUUUGACAACAGUUAACUGCUGUUGCAUUAUAAUGAAUUUGUUUUGUAAAGGAUAACCUGACUCAGCUAUGCACAAUGUCUGUGAGGGGAGGGGGCUUCAGACCUGUUAACUCUGCAGCCUGUCCACAGCCUGAAUUAAUCAGUUUUAUAAUAAUGUAGGAGUUCUGAGUGCAGUGAGCGACUUCAUCCCACCACAGCAUGAUGGAGUCUCAUCCUCCUCCACAGGUCCCCGUCAUCCCCUCUUAUCUGCAGAAAUGUCAUUAACUUGGCAAAGACUUCCUCUGUUCAAGCGAGAAGUACAAACAGCAUCUUGUACUUCUGCUGCAUCUCUAGCCUUAUUUUUAACAGGAAAUUAAAGCAAUUUUUGUGGGACA